AUAAAAGGCCGGGUGGAGGGGGUCAGCAUUGGGUGACAAGACUUUUCUGGCCAGGAGCCUCGGGACUCACCAGCCAGAAAUCAUGCUGCUGUGGCUGACGCUUGCCGUCCUCUGGAGCACCACCUGCUGGGCAGGGCAGAUGUUUGGGAAUGGAGGAGGCUGGAAUUUCAGUACCUCUCCAGACUAUGAAAAUGAUAUAACUGGGAUUCGGGUGUCUAAAAGUUUUAUAGGCAUAUUUAAGAGUAUCCAGGUGAGAUAUGGAUCCUCCUGGAGUGAAGCAUUUGGUGUCUCAGGUGGGAAUGUCCAGGAAUUCAUCCUGUUCCCGGGUGAACACAUUGUAGGGGUAUACGGCUCGCAUAAGAUUUACCUCCGGCAUCUGAUCAUAUACACCGACUUCGGGCGCUGGGCCACUUUUGGGAAGGAAGAUGGUCAAAGCUUCGUGGUCUACCCUGACCAGCUUGGAGAGGUGGUCACGGGAAUCUUCGGCCAGUAUGGGCUCCUCGGCAUCAAGAGCAUCGGUUUUCAUUGGGGUGAUCCUCGAGUACCGAUGCCCACUGUAGCGCCACAAAGCACACCGUCAUGAGUGCUCCUGGACCCUCAGGGAUGGGGGUGUGGAUCACCCUGCUGAGGUCAUCAGACUGGUGGUGGCACCAGAAUAGCCACGUCAGGCACUGAAUCAGAAUCCAAUCAAUAAAGCUUCUGCAGAAA